CUAAAUGGACUACAAAGAAAAUUACAAAAAUAGUUCCAAAAAAGAAAGAUCAUAUUACCCAAACUCGCGAACUGCCUAUGGCACCAGUGUGAACGAGAAACAGAGAUCAGACUCAAAGGCUGACAGGUUCCUCAAAGAUGCUAUCACUAGGAAGACCAGAAAGUGUAGAAGACUCAGUGAUUACUCAAAUCUCUCUAAACAAAAGUAUAAGACAAAUUAUAACUCUAGUCACGCUAGUCAGACCAGCGAGUCAGCUUAUUGCGGAAACGACUCCAGAAGACAUCUCUGGGACUCUUCAUUUAUCUCAGAAGGCGACUCUAGUCUUGAACAGCUCCAAAAACAACAGAAAGAGCUUGAGAAAAUGCAGAAUAUUAUUAAGCUAAAGAUGUCUUCCCUCAAUACUGAAAUUAAAGCCAGGGCUUCAAGAGAACAUCGGAGAUUAGGCAUAAAGCCCAGAAAUGCCUUGAACAAUACAAUGAUGUGCCGUGAAAUACCUCAGGAGAUCCCUCCAGCACCUGAAAAAUUGCAGGAUUUAACAAUGCCCAUCUCUGAGUAUGUCACUCAGACAAUGCCUCAAUCAAUGACGAAUUCAAUGAUCCAAACCUCACAUACGAAAUUCACUGAAGAGGAAAGUGUUCCUCUGGAGUCUUCCAAGAGACCUUCCUCCUCUGUUAGCAAAUCUAGAAGGAGCAGAAUGGAUCGGUACAACGAUAAAAGUCAAGAGAGGCUUCACUACGGGAGUCUGUACAACAAAGGAAUGCUGAGCUCUUUCCAUAGUACACUCAACGGCAAUUCAAAUUUGAAAUCCUUAGCAAAACCAGUCAGGUCGAAGUUCUUAGCAAAUUCCAGAUCUAAUGUUUGAAGUAAAGUCAGGCCUGAAAACCCCAUAUUGGAGGAAGGCACUCUUCAAAUCACUAAGAGCUUACAGGUGGAAAAAGCUGCUGGAUUGAUCAGCGAGAAGACCCUCAAAGCCUUGAAGAGGAUCCGGCCGAUUCAGUCGAGUAUUCAAGUCAUCAGAGAAUUCGUUAAAAUUCUCAAAUUCUACAAUCCAAAGUUGAAGUCACUAAAUGAAGAAGAUACCUGGAUGCGGCUAUGCUUCUCCAUUAUCCACAAUUCGAAUAUUGUACUAAGAGAAAUCAAACUUUUGAGCAUGAAGUGAACCACCUACUCCCAAAUACCUAAAGUUUUGGAGAUUUUCUCCAAGAAAAUUCUUGGCAAGAAGAGUAAGAAUGUUCCGUCUUGCUCUACCAAUUUUCAAAAAGAAUGUCAGCCAUUCAUUAGGCUGGUACAAACAUUGAUAAAUUAUUACAAAACCCAUCGUUGAGUUGUAGAGUCCAGGUCGAAUCAGUCCCUUGCAAGAUCGGCGAGGAGCUCAGUCACCAGGAACCUACCCUGCUCUGCUUACAAGACUGCUAAAGAUAAAAAGAGAGACAAGAUCACCAUUACUCUUGAUUCUGAGGACCAACAACAGACUAUUCAGCGCAGGAGAGCCAGAAAUCUGAAGAACUCUAUGUCAAAGACACCCAUGCCUACUUCAGCUAAUAAAGCAGAUGCAUCAGCUUCUUAUGUUCAUGGUAGACAUGAUGGCAUGCAUAAAUCCUUCAGAGAAGGUACUUGUAUUGGAAAAGAGAACUCUACUAGUCCUCAAAAGUUUAAUAUUACUCCAAAGAUGCCUCAAAAGAUGGAAAUGAGCAAAUCCUGGGUUACCAUGAAGCCUUUCAAGUUAGACACUCCCAAGAACAAUACUAGAGUAGUUCUAAGUCCUAAUAAAAGCCAAAGGAUGCCAUCCAGUGUGCAGAAGAACCUAUCAAGCAGACUAUCAAGGCCACUACUAAACCCAUUAAAUCUGGAUAUCCUGAACAUUAGCGAAAACGAGAAUGAAGACGAAGAGGCCACUGACGAGAACUGUAAUACCCAGAAAGUUCCAGAGAAUACCAUCCAGAAAAUUGCUAGAAGGCACCUGGCUUCCAAACAGGAUGGGAGGUCUAGAGAUAUCUGUACUAAGCCAGACUUCAACCAGGAAGAGCUCUCGUUCGGCACCUCCAACCCCACUGAUGAGAAUAUAUUCCUGAGUGAUAGAGGAGAGGUUGAUCCAACACCGAGGAAGGAUGUCCUGACUCAGGAAGCUCUCCCUGAGAAACCUAGCCAAAAACAUAUGGAUUACUGCGAAGGCAAUAUGUUCGAGCAAAACCAUACAGAGAUCAGUGAUGAGGAACACCCAAGGGAGCUCACAGAAAGCUUCAUCAAUCUGGAUACUCAGACUGGCCAGGCUGAGAUUUACCAAGACCAAGCAUCUUUUGAAGAGACUCCUCAGGUCUGUGCUGACAAGGAUUUUGCACUUCUGAGGUCUCCAACUGAUAAAAGAAUGAUAAAUCUGUCUAACAAUAAUGAACCAGUAAAUAUAUCAGAAAUGCUGUCUCGCUCUUUUAUGUGAGAUACUCCCAAGGAGUUGAAUCUAACUCUGAGUGCAGUAAAAACAGGUGGGGAAAAGGCUAUAGAUUGCAAAGAGAUUGACUUCAACCCAAACAACAGGCUCAACAUUACUACUAAUUUCGAUAAAUACACACCGAUUAAACCAGCUAAGAAACUGGCUCAGAAAGCAUUCCAAGAGAGACAGAGGAGGGUCCUUGAAGCUAUGGAGAAGGAGUACCUCAAAAUAGAAGCUCUUAAGGCAAGAAGAACCUCUGCUUCAGCAAUCCAGUAGGCCAAUACAUAAAAUUUAAUUAUUCAAAUAUACAUAAUU